UUUUCACUUUGGUUACUAUUGGCACUUUUGCUUCCACUAAGUUUAACUCUGUCGGGCUUGAAGAAAGAUUUUGAGCAAGGAUAAGAUAGUGAAAUGCAUAAGCUAAGACUAGCACUAGUAUUUUCCACCAUUGAUUCUGUAUAAGGGGGUGACCAAGCAGCAAUCAUUUUGAAUCGUAGAACAUUACGCAGAAACAAAGAUUUAGUCCAUGGCUACUUCCAUUUUCUCUAAUUUGUUCUCCUUCCUUCUUCCUCCUUUUCUCUUCUUUAUCUUGCUUCUACACUCUUCAAAAAAUAGCUAUGCCUUGCAAGAAAAAAUGAGUACUCUGGAAACCAAGGAUUUUCAUUUACAUGUUCAUUUUAUUAAGAUAAGUUCUCUGCUUCCAUCAACUGUAUGCAACUCAUCUACCAAAGUAAUCAACAAAAAGUCAUCACUAGAAGUAGUACAUAAGCAUGGGCCAUGCUUUGCAUCGAACCAAGACAGAGUAAAUGCUCACUCUCAUGCUGAAAUUCUAAGUCAAGACCAGUCCCGGGUGGAUUCAAUCCACUCUAGGCUUUCCAUGAAUUCCAUGGAGGAGAUAGAUGCUGUUACACUUCCAACCAAGAAAGGAGUCUUCGUUGGCACAGGCAACUACCUCGUCACUGUUGGGUUUGGAACGCCAACGAAAAAAUAUGCUCUCAUAUUUGACACCGGAAGUCACUUCACCUGGACUCAAUGUGAGCCAUGCGCAGGAUUUUGCCAUGACCAAGUCGAACCAAUAUUCAACCCAUCAAAAUCAAAGUCAUAUGCCAACAUUACCUGUCGCGCAGCAACAUGUAAUCAAAUUUCUGCUGAAGGUAUGCAGCAGGGUUGCUCUUCCUCGACAUGCCUGUACGGUAUCUCUUAUGGUGAUUCGUCGUCUUCCAUAGGCUUUUUGGCUAAAGAAAAGUUAACCAUUUCACGGUCAGAUGUGUUUCCAGGCUACUUGUUUGGUUGCGGCCAACAGAACCAACUUCUAAGUAGCCGUGUAGCUGGGCUCAUAGGACUUGGACGAGGCAAGUUUUCCUUUGUAUCACAAACUGCCAAGAAAUAUAGGAAAAUCUUUUCCCAUUGUUUACCAUCAAAGGAUAGCUCAGUUGGAUACCUUACCUUUGGUCCAACCAAACUCCCAAAGAAUAUCAUGUUCACACCAAUGCCAAAAUCAUUCCAAAAAACACCUUUUUACGGCCUUGACAUUAUCGGAAUAAACGUGGCCGGCCAGAGGGCACCCAUUAAUAGCUCGGUUUUCAAGACAGCUGGUGCGAUUAUCGACUCCGGAACUGUAAUCACUCGUCUUCCCCCAACAGCAUAUGCUCAAUUCAAAUCGGCAUUUCAUAAAUGGAUGACCAAAUAUCCAAGGGCACCACCGCUCUCGAUCCUUGACACAUGCUAUGAUUUUAGUGGUUAUAAUGUUAUUAGAACACCAACAGUCAGCAUAGUCUUUAAUGGCGGUAUUAAUGUUGAGAUCGAUUACAGCGGGGUUUUGUAUUUGAGAAAUGAAUCGCAAGCGUGUCUGGCGUUCGCCAAAAAUAAGGAUGCUGGUGAUGUGGCGAUUCUUGGAAAUUUUCAGCAGAAAACAUAUGAAGUGGUCUACGAUGAUGUUAAAGGAAGGGUUGGCUUUGCACCCGGUGGUUGUCUCUAAGAUAAACUACCAAUCGAGCUAGGAAAACAAUCUUCAUAUACCUUAGCACUUCUGAUAAUUCCAGAAUAGUUUAACAAGUCUACUAAAUAAGUAAUGGAAGAUCAGUGUGAAGGUUGAAUAUAUAUAAGAACGUAUUAAAUUUGUGUAUGCUUAUGCAUAGUUCAAGUUGAUGAAUAAUGUGGUAGGGUUGCAAUUUCCAGUGCUACACAUGCUUGAACUUGUACCUUUGAGUGUAAAUCCAAGUGUAGCACAUCUCUUUCCCUGCAGAUAAGUAUCCUAACUUUACUCUUAUAAUCAAACUUUUUAUGAAGGGUAUAAAUGAAGAAGAUUAAAAGGUUCUGCAUUGAUUCUUUUUAUUUGGAUGAAUGUUGUCUUUGACAAGUAUCAGUAAUAGCCAAGUUGCAGACUAGGCGAUAUAGAUGUAACUCAAAAUACAGAGUAAACCAAGAAAAUUCUAGAAAACUAGAACAGUAUCCUCCAAUAGAGAGUUGUACAAGAUUAGUUAUGUACUACAUAUUGAAACACAAAAUGAAGUGAUUCCGACAAUAAU